AUGGCACAGCUAAAUGAAAUUCGUGGCCGACUGGCUCUGAUCACCGGAGCUUCUGGAGGAAUCGGAGCCGCUUGCGCCCACCAGCUUGCCGAGAAAGGGGUUCAUUUGGCAUUGACCUAUUCCACCAAUUUAACCGCGAUCAACGUCCUAGUGGAGGAGCUCAAGGCAAAGGAUGCUAGCCUCCGGGUCUCGAUCCACCAGGUCGAUGUCGGAUCGGCCGACCAGAUCCAGGAUAUGUUCCUACAAAUCGAUCAGGAGCACGGACAGCGACCGGAUAUCCUCGUUUCCAAUGCCGGGUAUGGCAAGCGCAUUCCCCAGGUCUGGGAUAUUACGCUGGAGGAGUUUGAUUACACGAUUAACGUGAACCUUCGGGCGUCAUUUAUCCUCGUGAAGGGCGUGGUGGAGCACAUGAAAAGCCAGCGCUGGGGUCGGAUUGUCCUUAUGUCGUCUAUUGCUGGCUACGGCGGUGGGAUCAAUGGAUGUCACUACGCGGCCUCGAAAGCGGGUAUGACAGGGAUGAUGAAGAAUCUUUCCACCCGGCUAGCCGAGUUCAAUAUCAGCGUCAACGAUGUGGCCCCGGCGAUGAUUGGGGACACUGGCAUGGUUCCCAGCGCGCAAGCAAUUCCCGAAGUCGCCGCAGGAAUCCCCAUUGGCCGGUUAGGGGUACCGGAGGAGGUUGCGAAUGUAGUGACGAUGCUUGUAACAACCGGCUAUAUGACGGGGCAGAGUUUAUUGCUAGCUGGGGGGUUGAAAUAG